UCUCUUCUCCCCCCGUCCUCUCCUCAGAUGGAUUCUUCAGUCAGUCGUGUGGAACUGGUGCGGCUGCCGGAGAGACAGACAUUGAGGCAGAGAGGCUGCUCUGAACAGACGCUGGGUCAGAGCGCUCAGUUGCUUCAGACAAUCACAGGGGAGCGAGAGAAAGACCCAGGAAAAGAGAGAGAACACUACAUAGACAGAUAGGCUGAAAAGGAAAGGAGAGGCAGGAGAGGGAGGUAAAUAUGUGACAGGAUGUGGUUUCCCUGUGCUUGCAAAACAUUGGUAUACAACAGUCAUACUUUGAGCAUGACCUAAGCACAGUGAGCGUGCAAGUGUGUUUGAGCUCUAAUAGGUGGUGAAGAGGAAGACGAAGCAAACCGCUGGAGCUGCUGCUGCUGAGCCCACAGAAUCAACACUCUUGUUUCUCUGCUGCCUGCCCGGAGGAUUGUGGUUCCUUUAAACCAACCAGCUCCGCGGCAGCCUUUGACAGCUUGUCGGACAGGACCUGAACCCAUCCUGCGUUUGAGCUUUUCUCCCCCCCCCUCGAAGUAGAAUGCGAUUCUCUGCAGGAAGCACUGGUCCAGUUGCUGCGUUUGUGUCCAAGCAGUGAACUUUUCAAGGAGAUUGUGAAAGAGGGUCUUUGUAAAGAGUGACCUAAAAACUGUGGAGCCAUGGGCUGCGGGUUACGCAAGAUGAAACCAGUUUCAGAGGAGAACAGUCCAGGGAAGAUUUACUCCACCCUGAAGAGACCACAGGUGGAGACCAAGGUGGGCAUGGCCUACACAUACCGCUACCUGGACUUUCUCAUCGGCAAAGACGGUGGGACCUCCACUCUGCGCCUCUCAUCAGUGCGAGAGCUGCCAGGUCAGCUGCAGGAGCUUUACCAGCAGGGUUUCAUUCUGGCUGCUGUUCAUCCAUUCAUCCACCCCUGUGGUCCAGAGUCUAACAGCCCACAGUACCAGCUCUACAGGGCCAUACUGGUCCGAUUAAAUGACGGGGUGGAAAGGAGCCAGCCAGUCAGCCCACCGUGCAAACUACAGCUGGAAGAGUGCCUGUCUGCCGAGCAGGUGCCCACCCCAGAGCUCAUCCAGGGCUACGUCAAGAAGCAGAUACAGGAUGCCGCUGACCAAGGGGUGAUGUUUGUAGGAUUUGUCCAGGAACCAUACGGAGCCCCGUGUACCAGGAUCAGAGAACCCGACACCCCCUCUCUGUCUCUGCACUCCAGCCCCUGCUCUGUGCUUGACUCCCUGGGAAGCUGUAGCCCCUCAAACCCCUCAAGCCCCACCAAUCAUGCAGAACCUCAAGCUGGAGCUGAUGUGGUGGAGAAUGAAGGCUCUGGCAAGGCUGGGGAAGAAGAACCAAGUGGGGAGAAAAAUCAAAGUGAGAACACUGGGAAUGAAUCAGGGCCAGGGGUGGAGGAGGUCUCACCUGCAGCAUCUCCUGUGUCAGAACAAAGUGAGGCACUGACAGAGGAGGAUUCAGCAUCUCAUAAUAAUAACAAAGGCAGCAGCACGGACACAAAGGAGAGGCCAAGAUACCGGCUGCGGAGAGGUGACGGGGUCGAUCUGCUGGCGCUGUACAACCACCCACCGGUCCGAGAGGGCCAGGUGAAGUACUACACUGUCAAGGUGCCUCUGCGAGUUCAAAAUUGUGACGAAGGGGUCAAAGGGGUGGAGGCCAACUGGUUGGAUCACAUGACCCAGCACUUCAACAACGGAGCCUCGCUGGUCGAUGGAUAUUUCCACCUGGGCAACAUGAAUGGUGAGCAGGCUUGA